AUGGGGCUAGGGAACGUAGCAGACAAUCACAGUGUGUUAACCGAAACUAAAUUUGGUAAUAGCCCAGUUGGUUCCUAUGCAAGUUAUCAGUUAUCAUUUACGGAAUCAAAUUUUGAUGUCUCUAUUAACAUAGACGCUGUUCUCCGUAACAUGCCUCGUAAUCAACAAAUAGAGCAAUUUCCUUCCUUCACCUUACGAAAGCAAGGGGAAGGUGAGCGACGUGAACUUCCUGAUGAGGAAAAUGAAUUUGUAAAGAAGUUUAACCUCGAUGAGGAUGAAAUCAACGCUUUAGAGGCUGCGACGAGAGACCAAGCGAAUAGCGAGUUGUGGAGGUCUGAACGCAAAUACAGAUUUACAGCGUCUAAUUUUCACUUGAUUUCUCACAGACAAAGAAAUCAUGAGACUUUCGCGUACACGCUUAUGAACCCAAAACCCUUUACAUCAAGACAUACAAGACAUGGAAUUAAAUACGAGCCCGAAGCAGUUCAUGCGUAUAUGAAUGAGAGAUCAAUCCCGGUUGAAGUUUUCAAAAGCGGUCUGGUUGUGUACAAAAACGAACCAGUACUGGCUUGCUCACCUGACGGAAAAGUUCUUGAUGCAGGUUGCAGCAAGCCAUUUGGCUUUCUAGAAGUUAAAUGUCCAGAAACGAAGUUUCUAGUAACUCCUUUGGAUGCUUGUUCAGAUGCCAGUUUUUGUUGUGAGAACAUUGAUGGGAAUUGUAAAUUGAAAGUAACACAUCCCUAUUAUGCACAACUCCAAGGGCAAAUGGGGAUAACUGGUGCUGAAUGGUGCGAUUUUGUGAUUUUUACCAAAAAGGGAAUAUCAAUCGAGAGAGUCCUCUUUGACCCACUGUACUGGCAAGAGCUUGAGAGAAAACUCCUUUACUAUUAUUAUGAACAUUUCGUUAAGUUGCCAUAG